AUGGCAUGCUGCUGGCAAAUAACAAGCGCAACAGGCAACUUUCGAGGGACAUACUUUUCGCAACAAGCUUCCACUAGAAGAGUCGGAGAAAAGGUAUCCAUACCACAUAAUAAACCCUAUAUAUUCAUGAGAGGGAAUGGAAAAGGUAAGACGGCCAUUGAUUGGUCCCAGAGCUCUGAGGACAACAUUGAGUCUGCCACAUUCAAAGUUGAAGCUCCACACUUUGUAGCCUUUGGUAUUAGCUUCAAGAAUGAGGCUCCAACUGGGAUUGCAUACACUUCACAAAACCAGUCAGUGGCCGCCUAUGUUGGAGCAGACAUGGUUGCAUUCUACCAUUGUGCAUUCUAUAGUUCUCAUAACACUCUCUUUGAUCUCAAAGGCAGACAUUACUAUGAUAGCUGCUAUAUUCAGGGUUCUAUUGACUUCAUCUUUGGUCUUGCCCAAUCCAUCUUUCAUAGCUGUGAGAUAUUUGUGAUUGCCGACAGAAGGAUGGAGAUCCAUGGCUCCAUAACAGCCCAUAAAAGAGAGAGUGCAAAAGAGAACACUGGAUUUGUGUUUAUCAAAGGCCAAGUCUUUGGCAUUGGAGAUGUGUACUUGGGUAGAGCCAAAGGUGCCUAUUCCAGGGUCAUUUUUGCAAACACCUACAUUUCCAAGACUGUUGUUCCUCAAGGAUGGACUAAUUGGAGCUAUGCUGGUAGCACAGAAAAUCUACACCAUGCGGAGUAUAACUGCCAUGGACCGGGAUCCAAUUCAACAAACAGAGCUCCAUGGUCCAAACAACUCAGUGACAAAGAAGCUGCUCCUUUCCUAUCCAUAGAUUUCAUCAAUGGUAAGGAUUGGCUCCCUGCAUGGCUUUGAAUUCUCGCAUUAGCGAAAAAAUUAUUAGGAUUGACUUCAUGAUGUUUCAAAUAAAAUCACACAACAUAUUAGGCGAGUCAUUGACUGUCUCUCAAUUUCCUAGUAAAAUGGCUUAGUUUUGUUAUUCUCUGUGAAGUUUUUCUUUUAUGUCAUUAGUUGAGAAUACUGCAUAGACAAUACCACAUGAUAUUGCAGGACUGCUGAAUAAUUAAUCUUUUGUUCUACCAGUCAUUUUUUCUUCCUAGUAUGUGUGAAAAUGUGCAUGUAUUUGCAGUGUGCAAACAUGUGACCAGUUAAAGAUGUAGCUAAUACAUUGUUUAUGUACAUGUGAAGUAAAACUGGUGUGUAAAUUUUGUAGGUGUACUUGUAUGUAUGUUGAAUGUAUGUAAUCUCUGCAAUCAAGGCAGGGCUCAUUAGUUUGUACAUGUAUUUAUAUAUUUUUUGGUGUUUUAUAAGAAACUUAUCCACCAAAAUACUCUCAUAAAAAUGAAGUUAAUCAAAUAACCUCCUUGUACCUUAUUACUUUGCAAGUGUAAUAUGAUACACUCCUUUGUAAAUGAUACAAAGUAUCGAGUGUGGAAUUCAUAUUGUGUCUGUUAUUGAAUCUGUUUUGGCAUCUAAUUGUGUCUGUUAUUAAUUGUUUUGUUUGGAAUUUAGAUUGACCAACUAGGUGGAAUUCAGAAAAAAUAGGUGGAAUAAUUUUGGUAUGAAUCUGUCUGUUAAUUUUGGUAUGAAUUUAAUAAUAGGUGGAAUAAUCUGUAUGAAUCUGUCUGUUAUUAAAUGUUUAAGAAAGUUCUCGCCAAUAGUGAUGAAAAUAACAGAGAAAAGUAGUAUCCAGAACAGAAUUGAUAAAUGCUGACUGACUAAAACGAUUGAGUAAGCACUCCAUAA